AAAUUAUUCAUCCCAGAUGGGUCUUUCCCUGAAAAGAGAGAAAAGGACUUGCCCAGAAUGAUGAGCUCAGGGCUAUUUUGAGGCUUCCCUCCCUCCGGCCCUUCAUGUCAGCAACCUACUCUUUAAUUUCUAAGCAAACAGGCAGUUGCCACUAGCACAUUUUUGCCUGGGAUGCGGGCUACAGCCAAGGCAACAAGCUUCCUGUUUACUGCUCGUUGCUCCACUGGGCAGUGGGGAGGGAGCAGCUACUGCCAGGAUGAGGCCACAGAAUCUGAGCCAGUAGCAGGUGUCCAGGAGGUGCUGCGAAUGUGUUGCUACUUGGAGGAGUCAGCAGUCCAACAAAUCACAGCAAAGGUGGAACUGGAUUACAGGGAGCUGUGGGACGAACUCAAGGUCAAGGAAUGCGGAGCAAGACUGACUCAUCUGGCAGGUUGCAGGUUGAGAGCUGUGUAGUGGCUACAGCCUGAUCGUUUGCCUGAUCCUAAAAAGAGAGAAACCUGGAGAGAAUAGGCAGCAAUGCCAUUAAAGCAAAAGGUCAGACCUGAAAUUUAGGGCUUCUCUCAGCAGGACAACUAGAAAAUCCCUCAAUGCAAAAUGUAUUCAUGUUUACAGGACACAUUUACCCAUGGUUAACAUUAACUGAGAAUAGCUCCCUGAGAAUCUGAGAAGAGACUUGAAUAUGCCUACAAAAUUAUUAUAGAAACCGAACCUGGAAUAUUCUGCAUCCAAAGUUUACAUUUUGCCACUGAACCACACAUAUUCUUAGCACAUUAAAAAUAUUUGUUGCAUCCAGUAAUACUACCACCCCCAAGAAACUGAAGAUUGGGGGAAAGUAACCAUAUUUUCCAGAUACAUAUUUGCUGUGGGUGGGAUAGAUAUUUUUUAAUAUACCAAUUAAGGAGAAUUCCAGUCAUCAUAGGCAAAUCAGUUUAUGUUAGCAAAGCAUUAAAAAGCUCUGCUUAACGCUAGGAUGCAUUUGUGACAUCUCAGUAACAUCAUGGAAAUAUCCAAUUAUUGCCCAUGAUACUAAACCAAACACAACCAAAAUAUCCUGAUGGUUGCUGAUGACUUUAUCUCAGUAAGCCUGCCAAAAAAUUGUUGAGUUGCUUGUUUUGCUUGGACAUCUAUUUCAAGCUCUUUCCUGUUGGUACCAUUGGAAAUGAUGGAACCAAUAGUACAUGCACUAAAGGGAUGGUAGACAAACUAGGAGCCUCCAGAUGUUUUGGACUAUAACUCAUGUAAUUCCUUGAAGUGGCUUUUCUGGAUAAGGCUGAAUGAACAUGGGAGCUAAAAUAUUUGAAGGAAAACAUGAUGGCCUUUUCUUAUCCUCUAUUAAGGCAAGACAGGCUCUGAUUGGAUUGGAGAUGACAAAGCUGUCUACAUUUUUCUUUCUUCAAGUUUUUCUCAAUGCAUUUAAAAAGAAACAAGCUUCAUCCUGAUACAGAACAGAUGCCAUGGAUUAUCUUUGCUGGUUUUGGUUGAGAAAUGCAAACCAUGAUUCAAAUGAGAGCCACUCCUUUCAGCCAAAUAAUAAUUCUUUUCAAGAUUGAUUGUAGUACAGAUUGUGAUUAAUUUUUAAUGUUGUUGAAGAUGAGUUGUUCAUACUGAAGAACAGCAUAAAGAAUAAAGUUGCUAGCAAGAACUAAACAAAGAGUAGCAGUGUUCUCAGAUCCUUUAUUCAGUGGCUCUUAGCUGUCUAGUGACCAAUCUCCAAUUUCCUAAGAAGUACAACUAUCAUUGCUAUGCUACAGAGUGUGCACAUUCGAUGUUAAGGAGUAUAAGUAUAGCUGUGUUUACAUGAAUUCGAUGACACUGAAUUUAUCCAGUGAGCAAUAAUGUAACAAACAGGCUCUGGUGGCUCAGACUGCUAAGACAGUCUGUUAUUAACACAGCUGCUUGCAAUUACUACAGGUUCAAGUCCCACCAGGCCCAAGGUUGACUCAGCCUUCCAUCCUUUAUAAGGUAGGUAACAUGAGGACCCAGAUUGUUGGGGGCAAUAAGUUGACUUUGUAUAUAAUAUACAAAUGGAUGAAGACUAUUGCUUAACAUAGUGUAAGCCGCCCUGAGUCUUCGGAGAAGGACGGAAUAUAAAUGCAAAUAAUAAUUUAAAAAAAGAACAUUGCACAACAUUGUAAAUCACCAGAAAAGCAGGUGGUGGUGAUGGGAAUAGACCCCUAAAGGUUACUACUACAAACUAAGAACUAUAUCCAUUGAGAAGUCCAUAGAAGAACAAGACACUCCCACAGGCUUUUGAAAACAACUUUCAUCCUCCAUUAUUGAGUUGCAGUUGGAGAUGGAAGUGGAGCUCUUUCAGACCAUAAUGCAAAGCGCUGGACACUCUUUGGGUGCAGGAGGAUCACUGAAAAGAAGCAUUUCACCGAGUCCACCAAAUCAGAGAUGUACAGAAACGACUAUGGUAGUGCUUUAGGUCCUCUGGUGCAGGGGUCUCCAACCUUGGCAACUUUAAGCCUGGUGGACUUCAACUCCCAGAAUUCUCCAGCCAGCAAAGCUAAGAUUGGAGACCCCUGCUCUAGUGGUUAUCUAGAUUUCAGCAGUUCAGAUCUGGUAGCUGUGUCUUGGAAAGCCAUCUCUUCAUCUUCUAACCUUGCAAUAGCCUUUCAAAAUCCAUUUUGUAUUUCUGAUGGCCUGAUUAGUCCAUGAGGUCCCCGAUUUGAGGGCCAUCCAUCGGGGAACCUGCAUCCUGCAAAUCUUCCAUCCUUGAGAUGUGAACUACCCAACGUUGCCCCCACCCUUUCCUCUUGCAAAAUGCCUCUCUGCCCUUCCUGCUGCUAACGUUUUUAAGUACUGCAGAAACCCAACAGGUGAAGCCUCCUGAACCCCCUCCCCCGGUGAAGAGAUUUAGGAUCGCUUUAUUGUUGAGGUUCUGCGGCUCCUUUGGGGCGUGAUGGGGGAGGGAGAAGCCUGCCCGGGCAUACCCAAAAGCAGAGGGGCCGGGGGCACCUUUUUCACCCCUCUGGAGGAGGCGUCCUUUCGGGUACUGUGAGGCGUUCGCCCGCCCUGCCCAGAUUCGUGCAGGAGCCAGAGCCGAAGGGCGGAUGCCGCGGAUAAAAAGGGUGGGACGGGACGGGCUGCUGGCAAAAUUCGCGCUGGCCGCUUUCUUCGCCAGGGUCUCUUGCCAGCCAGAGGUUUUUGUAGCGGGCGACCAGCCUCCCCCCUCCCCCUGAGGUCCAGCUGCUGACAAGAAGUUGUCGAGCUCCGGAGAGCAACUCUUUCCCCACCUUCAGCGGCUGCACGGGUCUCCACCAGCACUGGACCAGAGAUGCUCCCUCUGCAGGUGUAUCUUCUUACCUUCCUCCUCUUCCUCCUCCUAUGUCUUCAAGUACCUAGCUGGGCAAAGCAUCCCAAAAUUAAGCUGCGCUUGGUGGGGCCCAGGAGCCAAGCAGGUGAAGGGCGUCUGGAGGUGCUGUACAAAGGACAGUGGGGCACAGUGUGUGAUGAUGACUUCAACAUCCAUGUGGCAAAUGUGGCCUGCAGAGAGCUGGGCUAUGAUCAGGCCAUAAACUGGGCUCACAGCGCCAAAUACGGCUCAGGAGAUGGUCCCAUCUGGCUGGACAAUAUUCGCUGCUCAGGUACUGAAAGCUCCCUGGCUGAAUGUGCCUCCAAUGGUUGGGGGGUGACUGAUUGCAACCACAAUGAAGAUAGCGGUGUGGUGUGCACAGGGUCCCGCCGACUCAAUUCUGCUGCUUCACAUAUCCAGCUGCAGGGUUCAAGGGUAGAAGAGGUACAGAUCAAACCGAUACUUGCCCGGGCCAAAUUGAGCUCCCCGGUCACAGAAGGUGCGGUAGAAGUAAAGCUCCAGGGGCGCUGGCGUCAGGUGUGCGAUGCUGGCUGGACUCGAAACAAUACUCGUGUACUGUGUGGGAUGCUAGGAUUUCCCUAUGACGGACAGGUGGCCACACGAUUCUACAGGAAACUCUGGAAUCAGAAACUAAAGGAUCCAAGGUCCAGCCUAAAAAGCCUGAGCAAGAAGAAUACCUUCUGGAUCCAUCAGAUUAAAUGCCUGGGCACUGAGGUUCACUUGGGUGAAUGCAAACUACAUGUGCUUCCAAAAGCUCAGAAUCAAAGUGCCUGCCCACAUGGUAUGCAUGCCUUGGUCAGCUGUAUAGCAGGUCCUGAAUUCCAGCCCAAGAAAGCCAAGCUAACCAGCCAUAGCAAGCCUAAGCAGCAGGAAUCCCAGGUGCGUCUCCGUGCAGGUGCACACAUAGGUGAAGGGCGUGUGGAAGUGCUAAUAGGUAACCAGUGGGGCACUGUGUGUGAUGAAGGCUGGAAUCUACCUGCUGCCAGUGUGGUGUGUCGGCAGUUAGGUUACGGCACUGCACGAGAAGCUCUUUCAGGAGCACAGUUGGGCCAAGGCCUAGGUCCUAUCCAUUUAACAAGAGUGCGGUGCAGGGGACAUGAACGAUCACUGAUGGACUGCAGAUCCCAAAAAGCAGCUCAGACAGGAUGCCGGCAUGACAAUGAUGUUGCUGUCCGCUGCAAUGUGCCUCAAACAGAAGUCAAACGUCAAAUCCGUCUGGCUGGUGGACGCACUUCAGAGGAAGGUGUUGUAGAAGUACUGGUACCCAGAGGAAAUGCCUUCCGCUGGGGUGCUGUGUGUGGGGAACACUGGGGACUCAAGGAGGCCAUGGUUGUUUGUCGACAGAUGGGGCUGGGCUUUGCAAGCCAUGCUCUCCAGGAAACAUGGUACUGGCAGGGCAAUACAGAUGCUGCUGAGGUGGUGUUGAGUGGUGUGCGCUGUAAAGGCACAGAAAUGUCUAUCCUACAAUGUCAGCAUCAUGGACCCGUGCAUUGUCCAAAUGGAGGAGGGCGUUUUGUUGCAGGAGUCACCUGCACCCAGAAUGCUCCAGAUCUAGUAAUGAGUGCCCAGCUGAUAGAAGAGACAGCUUAUCUUGAAGACCGUCCAUUGAACAUGCUGUAUUGUGCCCAUGAGGAAGGCUGCCUUUCUGCCUCUGCUGACCGUAUGAACUGGCCAGAGGGGUAUCGACGCCUGCUCCGCUUCUCCUCUCAGAUUCACAACCUGGGCCGGGCUGACUUCCUUCCCAAAAUUGGCCGUCAUGCAUGGAUAUGGCAUGAAUGCCACAGACAUUUCCACAGCAUUGAGGUUUUCACACACUAUGACUUGCUGACACUCAAUGGAUCCAAGGUGGCUGAGGGACACAAGGCCAGUUUCUGUCUGGAGGACACCAACUGCCCAGAAGGAAUGCAGCGGCGUUUUGGCUGUGCAAAUUUUGGAGAGCAGGGUGUCAGUGUAGGCUGCUGGGACACAUACAGACAUGAUAUUGACUGCCAGUGGAUAGAUAUCACUGAUGUGCCCCCUGGGAGUUACAUAUUCCAGGUUAUAGUGAACCCUAAGCAGGAAGUAGCAGAGUCUGACUUUUCCAACAAUGCCCUUCGCUGUCAGUGCCAGUAUGAGGGACAUCGUAUUUGGUUGCAUGGAUGUCAUACAGGUGACGAGUAUGGUGCCAGGAUAGAAUGGGAUGAGGAAGCACAAAGGAGACUGAGCAGCAACUUUGUCUAAGGCAAAUAUUCCAGAAGCAGUUGGAAUUCCCAAGGAACCUGGAUCUAGAUCUUCUCAUGGCUCAAAGCAACCCAACACGAGCUAUGGUAGAAUCCAAGCAGCUGCUGGCUAGCACAAGAACUAGAUUCUGCAGACAGUGUCUUUCACGACCCUCUUUCCUCCCGGUCAUUUGUCCAGGAUUUUCACACACAGCGACACCACAUACAGACUUUAUGGCCAUACUGUGACUAUCACUACUUUGCCUUCCAUUACACAGUCCAGCUUGUCUGGUCUGCUUUCUCUAUUUAUUCAGCUUGGCAACUAUGGUCAAAUAUGGGACUGAAAUGACCUGAUGGGGGACACUACAGUCUUUCUCAUGUCCAGCUAAGAGAAUAGUUCAGAGGCAAAAAGGACCAUGCUAUUGCCUUGCUGGCAGAAGGGGUGCAUGAGUAGCACAGCCCAGAAAAACUACCUCAGCCAGCACUAUCUGCUGACAAGCUUUUAUCUCAGGAGCUGGUUCAUCUCAAGAUAUAUCAUUCUUUUCAGCCCCAUAUCUCCCCUUUGCCACAAAGGCAUAAAGCAUGCAACACUGCCAGUAGGCCCAAGCAUCCAUACCCACAUUACCUCUGAUACAGAAGAGCUUCGUCCUGCCAUGGAUGCAGAUACCUCCAGAUCCAAAAAUUCAAGUCAGACCAAAGGAUUCAGAAAAGACACCUAUGAGCCCUCCUGUAAGAAGGCACUAGUUGGGCAAUGCUAUUAGUUUAAAUAUUAAGAGAUUAGGGAAGUGGAACAAUAUUAUUAACUAUGGAGUUAGUAAAGUGCAAUGAACCGUGAUGGCUAAUAGGGAGAGUAAAAUACUAUUUGGGGAUCACUUGCUCUCCCAAGAGAAACAAAAGGUGCAAUUUUGUACCACAUUUUAAAGAGUUUGACCCUGCCAAUAAAAGGCUUUUUGAACCACAUAAUAAUAUUCAUAGUUGAAUGAGACCAGCAGCAUUAGAUUGGUUCAGGAUAGCAGAGGAAAUGCUAGCAGAGAAUGGUAGAGAUGGGUAGAAGCAGUAAUGCCUCAAAUCCAAAGGGAAUACCUACAGAUCUCCCAGUAGGAAUGAGGCAAGCCAAUGUACCUAUGAGGGAGAAGUCAGGCAGAAAGAGUUGAUCAUAGCAAAGAGGCAGCUGCCUCCCUCAGCAGCCCCACUGCAGUGUUCAUCCAGGCAACAAAUAAAGCCUAGCUAUAGGCAGGAGCUUGCAAUAGAUCAGGCACUGUGGAAGGGGGAGGGCAUCUCCCAGGCUCAUGUCAAGGAAGGAAGAGGAAUGGAUGGGAGUGAUUUAUGCCUGCCCCCAGGAAAGCCAAGACUCAACGGCCCCAUUGAUCUCCAGCACCACAGUAGAGUCGUACUAUAACUGUAAUCUCCCCCUCCCCAAAGCAAGCUUGCUUUUCUCUUACAACUGAGCUCAAUUGGAGCGCUCACUUCAUUGGUAAUCCUGCAAUGGAUUAACAAACAGCCAGAAAUAUGCUAAUCUGUCUGGCCUUCUUGGUGAUGGAGCUUAGCUUAUUUCAUAAUGAAUCCAAGGAAACCAGAGGGGCAGAGAAGCAUUCUCUCCUUCAAAAGUGGAGGAUGUGGGGUACACUGAGAGAUGGGAACAACUUAGCAGAGGCCAACCUCUUUUUCCUUUAAUGCCGCAUCAGACGUUCCACUCCUUGGGAAAAGUACCUGGUCCCAAAAAUGCUGAUAUACAAUUCUUCCAAAUUCACAACUAGCAAAAAUGUAUUGUAGCUUAAACAGAAUCUUCACAACAGUGUGACUCCUCCUCUGGAACAAUUCCUUUAAAAAUGUUACUGGGCUGGUGGUAAUCUACUUUGGGUGAAGUAGGGAGGGUCAAGAGGUUUUUAAUUUCUCUGGGACCUGGGGCAAUUCAGACAGUGGGACACUGAUUCUCAUUAUCUGAACUCUCAACCGGAGAGAGAACUGAUUGGUUCAUUGGGUUUUCUGGGGUUCAAGACCAACAAAAGUGAAAAAAAAAAAAAGGUUGGCUCCAAUUUGGGUGUGAAAAUGGAGUGGAAAAAAUUGUAAUAAUUUUAUUAACUGUUACAAUUCAGAAGAUAAAAGCUAAUACAAACUAAAAAAAAUAAAGAUGUAAAAAAUAGAAAUGUUUUUUAAGCUUGACCAAAUAAACCAACUUUAUAUUUAUUCUCAUGUUUCACAAUCUUGUUCUUUAAUCUCUUCAAAUAUGUCCCAGAACUUAUUUGUGUGUGUGCACCAAGGAGCCAAAAUGUUCAGCAUCAAGGACUAUGAAGACCAGUCUUCUGUUUGGUGGAGGGAGAAAUCCAUUUCAUGUACUUUUGACAGGAAGCAGUGUUAAGAUGCUAUAGAACAGAAGUAUGCAUGUUUUGUUGUCUUUAGAAGCUAUAGAAGUUGCUGUCACACUGAAGAAAUACUUUGUGUAUGGAAUGGAGAAAAGGGUCACCACGCUCUUCAUCUCAAGUAGACUCUUGAUAUGGUCUUUAUUCUUUAGAGUACAGGCAAGAUUUCUCUUAACUCUGAAGAAGGCAGUAAAAAAUGAGACCUAAGCUCUCUUCCUGGAAAACACGUAUAUCUUUCCCGUUUUUUUCAUGGAGAAACUCCAGGAGUUUCUGGAAAGCAAUUUCAACACUUUUGUACACAUUAUUUUAGCUGUGAGUAUAAUAUAAGUUCAAUAUUUAUUUGUGUGGCCAACAGUGAUUACAUUCUUUGUAAGCUUCUUCAGCAAAUUUUCUCACCAGCUCGCAAUUCAUGGGGAGAGUCAUUUUUCAUGAAAUAUCUUGUAUGUACAACUACA